AAUUAAAUAAUUUAUGGAACCUAUCGUCAAUGAAUUUUCAGCAGUCAAUGAUGAUUCUAUUGAAAAAGAAAAAGCCUAAAUCAAAAAUAUAAUGUUAUUUGAAACAGUAGGAACAUUAUUAAUGAUUUAUGGAGCAUUGGCUACUGAGUAUCUAAAAAUAAUAUAACAUAGAACUAAUUUUGGAGUAGCCCUUGUUUAUUUCGUAGGAUUAAUCGUAUUUGGUAGACUAAGUGGAGGAUAUUUCAAUCCUAUAUGCACAUUGAUUGGAUAUAUAGAUGGAUCAAUUUCUAAGAAAAAAGCCCUAUAUUAUGUAGGUGCUUAAACAAUUGCCAGUCUUAUUGCAGGAAUGUUAUUGAUGCCUAUGUUUGCAUAUAAAUAUACAUUACCAUAUUUUGAAAGGUAUUUUAUAAUUGGAAUAUUAUUAGAUUACCAUCACACCAAGUAUUUGGAACAUUAAUGUCUGAAAUUGCUGGAUCACUUAUAUUUUUUACAAUUAUAUAAAUUUAAACUGCAGAAAAUACUAAAAUAACAACAACACCUGUGCAAUCUGCCAUUUUUGUUAGUGUGAUUUAUUUUGUAGCAAGAUAGUAUUUAUUUAUAAUAUAAUUUAGAUAUACUGCAACUAUGGGUAAUAGUUUAUUUAAUCCAUCUGCUGCUUUUGGGUAAUAAUAAUAAUAAUAUAUUUUUAGAUUACAAUUAUUUUAUGGAAUUUAUUAUGGAAAAUGGGAUUAAAUGAUUAAUUUAUUGCUUUACGUUCUUGGUCCUUGGAUUGGAGCAUUAUUAGCAAUCACAUUUUUCUGGAAAAUCUAUACUCCAACUCUUGUUAGUAAAUAGUCAAAAUGAAUUACAUAAAAACAUAAUAUUAAUUUUAUACAGAAAUU